AUGAAAUAUAUUGCAACUUGGAGUCCUGAAUGUAAGUCGGUUUUUAGAUGGCCAAUAAAGGAAACCAACGGAGAACUCAGAUUCGACCAAUAUUAUGUUGACGAUUCCCUUGAUAUUAAAGCAUUAAUUGGUGUCUCAGAUGUGAAUCAUGUUAUUUUACAUGUCGAAAGAGAUUAUUCUAUUGAAGAUUCCUAUAAUUUUGAAAUUGUUGAUAUUGUAAAUAGUAAAAUACAAGCAUUAUAUGCUAAAGGUCUAAAAGGAGAAGUCGUAUAUCAUUCCGGCAAGAAAUGUCUUCAAAUGUGUUUAAACAAUGACAAUACAUUACUAUCUGUAGGAGAAACAAAAAUUGGAACAGGUCAAGGUGAUGAUUAUAAAAAGCCUGCACUAAUAGCUAUUUAUUCGGUAAAAGAUGCGAUUGAUAAACUUGAUGAUACUCUGAAUGAAGGUGGUUUAAUUUUGGAUAAUAUGCGCUUUAUUGGGUCAAAUAGCAAUGAAAGAUUACUGUUUUCUUUCUACAUACAUGAAAAUGAUCAGAGGCAAUUUUUUAUAGUAAAUCCGCAUAGUCUUACUAUUAAAGAUGCAGAAUUAUUAUUUAGAGAUAUAGAAUGUUAUAAAAGGCAAAAAACCUGUACUAUUUUGUUUAAUUACAUUAUAAAUGUUGAAAAAGAUCAUUUAAAUAUCAAAAGUUUAGCUGAUUAUGACAGUUGGUCUAACUAUAUAAAAAAAAGGGACGUAAGUCAUGUGCAAUUAGAUGAUCAAGAUAAUGAAUUCGAUCCAUUAUUCAAGAAUAAAUCCUUUGAUAAACUGAUUGACUCUUUUUAUGGAACGGAUAGUUAUUAUAAGUAUCUAGAAGAUACUCGAAUAGCUGAAUCUACAAUUGAAGAACUUCAAAAAUAUAUACAAAAAAUUGAAAUUGAAAAAUUUGAAGAAUCAUCUAAACCAUUUAUAUUUCCACAUAUUUAUAAAAUUGCAAAUUUAGAUACAAAAACGAUUGAUGACAAACUUAAUGAUCUUGAUGGAAAACUAGGUGGAAAACUUGAUGAUCUUGAUGGAAAGCUUAAUAAUCUUAUUGAGGAUAUUAAAAAAUUAAAAUCAGAUAAAUAA